AUGACUGACAGUAUUACUAGUUUGAUAGGUAGUAUUACGAGUAACCAUACUGUAACAGCAAAUUUAUUCUUUAAAGUAUUGGAAACAGUAAUAAGCAUAGCAAAAUACCUAAAUAUUAUUUAUUUCAAGAAACUAUUUCGAUCAAUUAAAAUCUUGAAAUCGAGAUCUUCAUUCAGAAGUAUCCAUCUGCUGGUGGCUAGUUUUUUAAAAAAAAGAAGGAUUUGUGAAAAGAUCGGUAUACAAACACUAGCAAAACAGAUAUAA